AUGCUACCCGUAAAGAUAAUACCCGGGCGACGCACAGUCAAGAAUGGUAUGGAUGGAGGGGUGGUAGGUAAAUUGCAAGCAGGCCCAAACUUUGGCGACCGACUGGCUACCGAGCCCCGUCGCCACUGCGGUAGCCAAGCCACUGGCUACCCAUAUUGGCGACGCUGCGUUGUAGCAUAUGGAGCUUAUUACACUAGGUCGCCAGUAUCAUCACGUCACCACUCGGAAGUGGCAUUCAGAGAGUUUGAGUCAGCUUGUGAGCAGAGCCCAACAUGUGCCGCACUGAAGGGUCUUGAGAGAUUCAAGUGUGUGAGAGAAUGCAUAUCACCUACCUGCUACCAUCACAUCUACUACAAGGAUCAGAUUGAAGAAGGUGAAAUAGACGUCCGUCUGAACUCAUUCAAGGGCUGCUUCAUUCAGAGGACAGGAAGGACUCGUUAAACGUCAGCUUCAGAAGCAGUUUUUGACUCGAGACUUCAUCUGUGGCUUCCAUACCUCUGGCAGUGGUUUUGGGCUGAUAAGUCAGUGAGAGGCCAGCAGGGAGAAAACUACUCAAGCUGCAGUAUUAUAAUGCUCUUCCUUCACUGAUUAAAUAUGCAAAUAAAUAUAGAUGGCACUUUAAUAACAACAGAGAAGCAUAUAUUCCAUUGCACACUUGUCUAUUAGUAUUAGUCAAGAAACAUUCAUAAGCUAACAGCUUUUAAAGUUAGUUUUUAAAAGCGUUGUAAUUAAUAAACUUUAAUUGUUCAUCAAACUACUCAUCAACCAAAACGUUUAUAGUUUGUUAAGGGAAAAAUAGUUUUGAUGACUUAAACUGGCAAAAAAAAAACUUGUAGAAGUCCCAUUAAUUUGUGCAGAUAUUCACUUAACUCUCGUAGUAGAACUCAUAUUUCUGAAUGCUUUUGCAGUAAUUUAGUAAAACACAAUAACAAUGAUUGACUAUGCUACAUCACAGAGAAGUAAGGUACAAGAAAAACUUGCUCAUAGGACAACUGUGCACUUUCAGUUCUAGUACGAUGUGCCGGAAAUAUACACUUGUGACAAGCAAGGAGAAAGAGCCCGAGCAGCGAGCACUGUGAGGAAUUUCUUAUUGCAAAAAGGGUUCUCCACCAUGAGCGUUGUAGGACAAGAGGAUGAGGGCAGGGGGGGGGGGUAUUGGACUUUGCCAUAGACACCAGUGACUAAUGCUAGUCACCAUAAGUGUACCAUUGAGUGGUUCCUCUGUACAUUACUUCUCUGUGGCUACAUUCAAGUUGAACUUCAAUAUAAACUGUUAUAAAGUAACAUGAUUUUACGUAUUACUUUUCAUUUUACACAAUAUAAUAAAUAAAAUAGGUUCUCAUGUGUACAUUAACGUAAAUAAAGUGAAUUUCAACAUUAGAACAAAUGGCUGGGGGGCUAGGAAUAAAGCUCAUAUCUAUUAGCAUUAUUCAAUAUUCCCGCCAAGUUUAAUGUAAAUCGUUCAAUAUACAUAGCCAUUAAGCAAAAAUUUAUUUUCUACAUAAUGUUAGCACACAACCAAAGUUUUACAAUGUUACUUUUUCAUCACUUUUCAUACAAUAGGUUUAUCAUAUGAUUUAAAUAGACCUUCCACCUCCAUUAUACAGGGUCAGUUAGUAUACGUUCCAACUAAAAUGUCAUUACCCAACAAUCUUUGGUUUAUCAUACUUUAAGGGUUAAGUCCAGACUGGUAACAUGGCAGACUGUGAAACCAAGGAAGCAAUGAAUGUCUUGGGCUUCUUGUGUUCUGGUGCCACCACCAAAUCUCAGUACUACAUGAUAACGGACAUACCCUUGCUCUGUUGCUAUGUGGACGGGCUAAUACAAGGUAAAUUGGAAUAUUCUGCCAACUUAUUUGAUAAAAAAAAAUAGUAAAGAAAUCACAUUUUAAUGUACAGUGGAGAUUUCUUAAUAACGGGGAUUUCUUAGUAAAGUUUUACUUUGAUAAACUUGUAGUUAUUAUGAAUUAUUUUAUUUUAUCAUCAAAGCUAGUAUUUCUUGGAAUUAGUAUAUGUUUCCUUUUUGUGAUUUGUAAUAUCAUAAGUGCAUUACAGUUUGAAGAUUAAAUUUGUGGAGUACUUAAGGGCUUCUUUAAUGUACAUUUUAUAACUAAACCUUAAAAAUAUUGAGCAAGUUGUACAACUAACUAUUCUUUUUAUUAUUGUAAACAGUUAGUAGACAUAUUAUGUAUUGAAAAACAAAUUGUUAUUUAUUUCCUAUCCACUAUUUUCAUUUUUAAA